UCUGCCAUCGUGCGAACAGCUUUCUUGACCUGACCACGCUCUCUACUCCUAUCUCUCGCUCUCUACGAUCUACAGCAACAUCCAAGCCCGACAGAACCGCAAUUCGUUGAUCGAAUCGCCAUCAUGAGCUCGGAAUCGGAAUUCGAUCCGUUCACUCAGAACGUCACCUUCCACGCGGCCGACGGCACUCCUUUCGACGUCCCCGUGGAAGCCGUGGACUUCUUCAUACAGUACUGCAUCCGCAUCUGCAUCAACUACGGAGCGCAGCUCGGAGCCAGCGUCGUGCUGCUGGUCAUCCUGCUACUGCUGACAAGGCCCGAGAAGCGCCGCUCCGGCGUCUACAUCCUCAACUGCUCUGCUUUGCUUCUCAACAUCAGCAUGCUCUUCUGCCAGACCCUGUACUUCACCUCCCCGUUCGUGCGAGUCUACGCAUACUUUGGCAGCGACUACUCCCGCGUGCCACAAUCCACCUACGCGAACUCCGUCCUGGCCGUCGUCCUGCGCACGCUCCUUCUAAUCUGCAUCGAAAUCUCCCUCGUCCUCCAGGUGCAGGUCGUGUGCGCCAACCUCCGGCGCCGCUAUCGACGGCCCCUGCUCGGGCUCUCGAUCAUCAUCGCCCUGAUCCCUAUUGGGUUCCGCCUAGGGCUGAUGGUGGAGAACUGCAAGGCAAUCACCGAAGCAGCGAGCAGCGCGCCGCUGAUCUGGCUCCAAAGCGCCGAGAACAUCACCAUAACGAUCAGCAUCUGCUUCUUCUGCGCGGUCUUCGUCGCCAAACUCGGCUUCGCCAUCCACCAACGCAGACGCCUAGGCGUCGCGGACUUCGGGCCUAUGAAAGUAAUCUUCGUGAUGGGCUGCCAGACGCUCGUUGUGCCCGCCCUCUUCUCAAUCCUCCACUACGCCGUCAACGUCCCCGAGCUCUCCUUCAACGUCCUCACCCUGGUAACCAUCUCCCUCCCGCUCUCCUCCCUCUGGGCCGGCGUCGCCCUCGACCACCCCUCCAGCACCCACACAACCUCGACCUCCUCCCGCCGCAACCUGUGGCAUUUUCUCUCCUUCUCCCACCCCAGCGAUGCAACAGCCUCUAGCGCCUCCACCGCCACCAACCCCCUCGCCUCCAAGACCGGAACCGCCACAGGCACAGGAACCACCUGCUACGCCGACCCGCCAAAGUCCCACCAUCACGAUUUGGAAAUGGGCUACAACAUUGCUGUGGAGCACGAUAUCGCCGUGCGGAGCGUUAAGCGCGAGAAGGAGGCGAUGUAGAUUCUUUUCCCUCCCGCUGCAAUAACAAGUCAGGAUGCGU